GUCUACGUUCGAUCACAUCAUAAACAUUGCAACAAAACAAAUCACCGAGACUUCAUGUUGGGGUAGCUGUGACGGAGACGACUUUUGACAAUCAUAGGACUGUACACAGGGGCAACCUGUGCACGCAACACUAUCAAGUUGACGCCAACACGCGGUGGGCGCUCGUUGCGACCCGCCUUAGACUAGAAGGCUAUUUCACAUAGAUUAUCUUAGCCUAGACCAACUUCCCACAAUAGACACCCAUAGACUGCCAGCAUCAUGUCCGAACACGAGGAUGUCUCCCUAGACACUGGAUACAGUACUCCGGUUCCGGAACUUGAUGACCAUAGACACCAAUCCGCAUCUGUGCAACGCUCUCGAUCCCGUCGUGGAACCGUCGACACCAUGCAUAGUGCCUUCCGUACCCUCAGCCCAGAUCUUAACCUUGUCAAUCAAGGGCUACUGCCAACCAUUACUAGAGACUUCGAGCACGCAAUUGAGGAUGAAGACGGAGAAGCAACCUCUCCGCACCCCGGCCGGGUUGCGCCUGAAGACCGAAUCCGCCGUGGAACCGCGGCCACUUUGGAUCCUAGAUCUGUAUCGCCACCAAACUCUGUCAAAGCCUUUGCAGAUGCCCGGCGCAGAGAGCGAGGUCUUUCAACGUCUGAGCCUAACUCUGUCAAAGCCUUUGCAGAUGCUCGUCGCCAUGAAGAUUGCGAACUCCACCGCAUCCCUUCCACAGCGAGUCGACGGAGCAAGCGGAGCCUGCGAAGCAGACGAUAUACCAAUGAUAAUGAUGCCAAAAGCUUCGCUGGGUCCAACAAGACUGCCGAAGAAGACGUGUGCUUCCCUCUGCACCCCUCGGGAAAUAAAGAUACUCUUCAGAUCGACUUUGACGUCCUGGAAGACUUCAUCGCUGAUGAAGAAAGCCGAGAGAGGACCCCGCCAAAAGGUCAGCCCCAGGCUCGCAUCUUCCCUGAUCUUCGGCCACAAAGGGAGCAUGAUACGCCAACUAUCGUGACCUAUGGUGGCGAUAUUGUUAGUGUGCCAUCAAGUCAAGCCUAUGAUAUUCAGGAGAAGCUGAGCCAGCCAGAGAGCUCAAACGAAUUCCUGGGAAUCGCUCAGCGCAUCGAAAACCGCUUUGAAUUCUUCUCCUCAAUGGGCGAGUCUACAAUUCAUGCUGCUGAAUUUGGUGACCUUGUCCUUCCAGGCGAAGAUGUCCGCAGUCUGUUCACUCUGCCUCCUGGAGAAGAUGUGGAUGGUGUCUGGUGGCUGAACAUGAACAAUCCUACCGAUGAGGAGAUUCGUGCGAUCUGCAAAGCCUUUGGAGUCCAUCCCUUGACCAUCGAAGAUAUAUGCACCCAAGAGACUCGCGAGAAGAUCGAGCUUUUCCCGUCAUACUACUUCGCUUGCUUCCGCUCGUUCCAUGUCCAAGAGAUAGAUGAGGGUCAACAAUACGAGCCAUUCAACAUUUACGUCGUCGUAUUCCGUGAAGGCACAUUAAGCUUUAGCUUCUCGCCAAAUCCUCAUGCUGCUAACGUUCGCCGACGAAUUACAAUGCUCAAGGAUUACGUUGCUCUGAGCGCUGACUGGAUCUGUUACGCCCUGAUUGAUAACAUUGUUGAUUGCUUUGCGCCAAUCAUCAACAAAAUUGAGCACGAGACCGACGUCAUUGAAGAUCAGGUUUUUAUUGCACGGAAUGAUGAUAUGCACACGUUCUUGCGCAAGAUUGGCAUGGUUCGCAAGAACGUCAUGGGUCUCAUGAAACUUCUGGGUGGAAAAGCGGAUGUGCUGAAAGGUUUCACCAAACGCUGCAACGCGAACUACAAAGUCACGCCUCAUAUGGACAUCGGACUCUACCUAGGCGAUAUUCAAGAUCAUGUCGUUACGAUGAUGACAAGCUUGGCUCACUUCGAGAAGAUGCUCUCCCGUUCGCACAGCAACUAUCUCGCACAACUGUCAAUCGACAAUAUCACCCAGGGCAAUCAUGCAAACAAGGUUUUGAGCAAAAUUACUUUGAUAGCAUCAAUCCUUGUUCCGCUGAAUCUGGUCUGUGGUAUGUUUGGGAUGAACGUCGAGGUCCCAUGGCGAAGUGCUGACAGUCUUGCCCCAUUCUUUGGAAUAUUGGGCUCCCUCGUUGCCUUCGUCAUCAUUUCUCUGGUUGUGGCCAGGAGGAUGAAGUUCAUAUAAUCAACUUCUAAACAGACACGUGAGUAGCGUUGUAGGCUUUCAUAAUGGCAGGAGGCUUUGGAUUGGUGUGGAUCUUGAUACUAUCUCGUUGCCGGAAUGUGGAUACGACGAUUGCGUGGGGUGUAAUUGGAGCGUGGGGAUUUGCCUUUCUACUGCGGUUAAUGGUUGAAUGAUGUAUAUUUGCGCUCUUUAUUUAGACUUAAUAGAAGACACGAAACAAAGACCUGUGAUAGACAGACCUUGUUAGUUUUCUUCUCGAUUACGUGACAUAGGCUCAACAUCGGCAAUGCAUUUGUGGUGGAAGGCAAUCAAAUCUCUAUUGAUUU